CUGAAGGGUUGUUUACAGUGUGGCGCCUGAGAGAGAGUGUGUGUCUCCCAUCUAUCGGUGUUAAGGCCUCACUCUGAGUCCAUUCUUACCUGGAAGCAGAAUAUAUAGUGUUUUUUAAUACCCUGUGUAGGACGUAUGCCAAUAAUUGUGUGGUUCUCAUGGAAUAUCCGGCAGAAUCACCACCUUGUUGCAGGGAGUUGAUGGCCUCGGAAACUGGAAGGAAUUCAAAAACCUAACACAGGAUCCUUGAGACAUUUGUUUAUUGUAUGUAACUUUGUUGAGUGUUUAAGACGAUAAUAUGCCAGGGGUGAAGAGAGUCCGUGAUAACGACAGGGACGACCACGAGAGUGAGAAUGAUGAGGGAGACCAAGACUCGGACAGUGACCGGAGUUCUCUGGACGAGUCGAUAUCUUCUGAUGGCUCUGAGUCUGACGAUUCUUCAGAGUUGGAUGAGGAGGAGUGUGACAGGAGACGAGGGGAAUAUCUCACUGAUCUCUCAGACUUAGAGCGGCAGUUUUCUUUACUCCGAGAGCAUUUUUUGUGUGUCUGCAGACUGUACCGGGAGAGAGUAACUCAGGUUGAAGCCAAGUUAGAUGAGGUGCGUGUGGGGGAAGCCACGGAGUACCUCAUGCCACUGGAGGAGCUUCAGGAGGCCAUGCGCGUUAGGUUGGAGGUGGCGUGUAUUCUCCGACAGCUGCGACUCCAGAAUAUCACCAAUAAACACGAAGCGGAAGUUCUCGCCUCCAAGCAAAACUUUGAGAAUGAGAAAGUGAUGCUGUGGGAUACAAUUGAAAGUGAACUGGAGGAUAAAAUACGCCGCCUCGAGGAAGACCGUAACAACGUGGACGUGACCAGUCAGGUGUGGGCGGAACAAAAUCUACACAGAAAGAGACGAAGACACAGACAGGGCUCAAACAGUUCCACAGAUCGUAAGAGGAAAAAACCUACCACCGUCGCCGGUCCGUAUAUUGUAUAUAUGUUAAGGGAGCCAGAUAUCGUUGACGACUGGACGACAAUCAAGAAGGCCCUCACUGCAUCUAAACGUAAAAGCAAAUUUGGAAAAAUCACAUCUCCACGCCAUUAUACAGAAGCCUUCUCCCUCUAAGGUCAGGUUAUUGCAGAAAUCUAAGUUUGUAUAUGACUUUCCUUGUAGAGUUGUUUUGUUUGUUUUGGUGUCCGGUAAUCGUAUACUGACGUCACUAAACAUUGGCACUGAUGGUAUGAUGUGGCACCGAGCAUGCUGUCAUACCCUGAAAUAAAUUUUAUCCGAGUCGAACAUCUUAGGGGGGUUGGACUCACGAAGGUUUGUAAGUUGAAUGUAUCUUGUAAUCAGAAAUGUCGGAAUGUGUCAAACUGGUUUACUUUACCUAAAACACAAAAAUAAAACAUAAGACUCAUAUUGCAGUUGUACCAUAAUCAGAUCCAUUCACUUAACACCCAAUGAAGGUACAGAAUUAACAUAGAUUAAAGAGAAGAUCCUGCUUGUUGAUUUUGUCCUUUUUCUUAUGUAAAUACAAUACUGUAUAGGGUAUCUUAUGUAAGGUACAGUUGUAUUAUGAUGUGGGUUUUGUAUUAUUUUUAGGGGCUUCAUCUUAAAGUCAACCAGUUACUGUAGUGCACCUGUACAUGUUUUGUUAUGCGGAAUAUUUCCCCUUUACUGACUUGAGUGAAUCUAACCCCUGAGUACUGUAAUAUUAUCAGGUGUAUGGCACAGUAACUAAUUUGUACAGUAGUUUUGUAAGUCCUUAUGUAGAUGUUAUAGAUUGGUAUUGUUCUUUGAGUUUUUGAAGAAUAUGGCUGAGCGAAUCCAAGUUGAUGUAGGUGAUGCAAAUGUACACUUACGUAGACUGUUAUACAGAGAUAUAAAAUAUUAAGUUCACAACAUUAAUUUUUUGCUUGUGGAACAUGUCAGAGCAUCUAGGUGUAAUUUGACUAUAAAAAUUAUAAAGAAAUGUAGUAAAAUUAAGUUCCUAAAAGUUUUCCUUUUAUAAGUGCAGUCAUAUUAUUUUGGUGUGGCCAUGUCUGUUAAAUAGAUUACUGCCUUAACCUUAAAUCUACUACAAAUCUAUAUUUAGUUAGUUUUUUAUAGAAAUAAAAUGUUCAAAAUAUUAUAAACCUAAACUUAUGUGAAUUUUUCUAUUAAAAAUAAUUUUUUCA